AUGCGUGCUCUGCAGGGCUCUAAUUGGCAGCGCUACCCGUUCUUUGCAAAAGAACUGGUCAUUUCGAAGUUGUCGACUAUUAUUAGCGAUCCAAGUGACCUAGCCCUGGCACUUUCCUUUCUAGCUGCUCAAGGCUCCGACAGUGUUUACAUGAAUACAUUAUGUGCACUACUCAAGGAAGACGAACGGUUUCAGUCGAUGACGCAACAGUUUCUCACAGAUAUUCAUACCUCCACAGAAGAUCCUGAAUUUAAGAAAAUUAUGACCACUAUAUGGGACUCGUAUUCAAAAGGUGAUCCUCAGGCCACCAAAGCAGUCAGCAACAGCAAUCCAAUAUUCGACAUAAAUCUUCACAAUUACUUAAAUUCGAAAGUCGCCGUCAUCAAUCUUCAACAAGCACUCCGUCUAAUUCCGUUGAAUCAACGAGGAGCAGUUAUCUCAAAAAUUCUCAAAUUAGCAGAACACAUUGCUGGACAACGUGCACUAACAUCUAAAGCACUAUCAUCACUUAGUCAAGGAGGAACUUCUUCUCGUGCUGUUACACCGGUAGCGAUUGUUGUUGUCCUCCUGUCAUGGGAAGCUCUGAAAAGUAUUUCCUCGUGGUGGAAAGGUGAAAUUAGUGGAAGAAGAUGUGUAAAACAGUUGAUUGAUGCUCUGUCGGCACUUGCAGGAGGGUAUGCUGGUGGAGCAGCUGGUGCAAUUGCGGGUACGGCUGUAUUUCCUGGUGUCGGCUCCUUAGUUGGUGGGGUUGUCGGCGGACUACUUGGCUCGAGCGGUGCUGCUGCACUUUCGAAAUGGCUUACAGAAUAUUUCUUCGAUUUACCACGGACUGCGGCUUUGGAAAAAGCGUAUAAGUUUCUAGAUUUGAAGCCGUCUUGUACGAACAGUGAGAUUAAUUCAGCUUUUAGAAGUAUGGCUCUCAAAUAUCAUCCAGACAAAGAAGGUGGCUCAGCUGAAGACUUUCAUAAGUUACAAGUAGCAGUUGCUAUUAUUAAACAGGCACGCGGAGAGGGUAUUUAA